UCUUCAGGUGGAGUCAGUUCUUGCUGGUUAUAAAUUUGCUGGGAGGAGGGAAAGCAGCUGUUUUGCUGGAAUCUUAACACAAGCAGGACAGAAUCAUUAUGAGGGAGUGCCUGUCCAUCCAUAUUGGCCAAGCUGGGGUCCAGAUUGGGAAUGCCUGCUGGGAGCUGUACUGCCUAGAACAUGGGAUCCAAGCGGAUGGGACCAUCCCGGGGAAUCCAGUGGCUCAGAAGAUCCUGCCUGAAGCCGAACAGGCAGAUGCCUCCUUUGAAACGUUCUUCUGCGAGACGGCGUCUGGGAAGCAUGUCCCAAGGGCUGUGUUCAUUGAUCUGGAACCAACUGUGAUCGAUGAGAUCCGCACAGGACCAUAUCAUUCCCUCUUCCAUCCUGAGCAGCUGAUCAGCGGCAAGGAAGAUGCCGCCAACAAUUAUGCCCGUGGCCAUUAUACCAUCGGAAAGGAAAUCAUUGACACGGUCCUGGGCAGGAUCCGCAAAAUGGCCGACCAGUGCUGUGGCCUUCAAGGCUUCUUGGUCUUCCACAGCUUUGGGGGAGGCACAGGGUCAGGUUUCACCUCUCUUCUGAUGGAGCGUCUCUCGGUCGAAUACAGCAAGAAGUCCAAGCUGGAGUUCUCAGUCUACCCUGCCCCACAGGUCUCCACUGCGGUGGUAGAACCUUACAACUCCAUCCUGACCACCCACACCACCUUGGAGCACUCGGACUGCUCGUUCAUGGUGGACAACGAGGCCAUCUACGACAUCUGCAACCGCAACCUCGACAUCGAGCGCCCAACCUACACCAACCUCAACCGGCUGAUCGGGCAGAUCGUGUCCUCUGUGACCGCUUCCUUGAGGUUCAAAGGUGCCCUGAAUGUUGACCUGAUAGAAUUCCAGACCAACCUGGUGCCCUAUCCUCGCAUUCACUUCCCUUUGACCACUUACGCGCCCAUCAUCUCCGCCGAGAAGGCCUACCACGAGCAGCUCUCAGUGCCGGAAAUCACCAGCGCUUGCUUCGAGUUCUCCAACCAGAUGGUGAAGUGUGACCCUCGGCGGGGCAAAUACAUGGCCUGUUGCCUUCUCUACCGAGGCGACGUGGUGCCCAAGGAUGUCAACGCUGCCAUUGCCGCCAUCAAGACAAGGAGGUCCAUCCAGUUCGUUGACUGGUGCCCAACCGGCUUCAAGGUGGGCAUCAACUACCAGCCACCAACAGUGGUUCCCGGAGGAGACGUGGCGAAGGUCCAGCGUGCCGUCUGCAUGCUGAGCAACACGACGGCCAUCGCCGAAGCCUGGGCCCGGCUGGACCACAAGUUUGACCUGAUGUACGCCAAGAGGGCCUUUGUCCACUGGUACGUCGGGGAGGGCAUGGAGGAAGGGGAGUUCUCCGAAGCCCGGGAGGAUCUGGCGGCCUUGGAGAAGGAUUACGAGGAAGUCGGGAGAGAUUCCGCCGACGGAGAGGAAGAAGAUGCCGAGGAAGAAUAUUAGAGCCCAACGAGUGUCUGUGUGCCAGAGUUUGCAUUUAGCCGACAUAAGGUGGAGAGAGGUAAACCAUACCAUUCUCUCUCUCAAAAAAAAUUAAGUAUUACUUGUUUAUUGUGAUUCUAAUUCCAAUGUUUUUUUAAAAAAAUCUUAUAUUAGACUUUUCUAAUGUAUGGACUGUUAACACACUGAGCUUUCUGUAGAAUGCACUUCUUGUAGUAAUCCUUUUUGUAAUCCUUUCCUAACGCUGUAUUAUUGUUGCAUAUAGCAAAACAACCAAGACAACGAACUAAUAGAACCAUUCAGUCAGGACUCAAUUACAACUUCAUGUCAAUCGCGUCAACAGAAAGGAAAACUUUAUUUGUCAAUCAACAUCCCUCCUUAUGUUGACAUUUGCUCUCUGCAGUGAUUCUACAAUUGACUUUGUUGCUAAAUGGGAUCCAAACAUCCUCUAUGUAUGUCUUUGUUUGCUGUCCCUGUAUGGUAAUUUUUCUAUUAAAAGAAGUAUCCACA